AUGCACUUCAUAGACCCGAGCGACUUCAAGAUGUUCUCAAGCAUGACAAUGUUGACGAUUGCACGCCCUGCCGAGUCACAGGUUGGUUUUCGCCCCUUUGCUAUACCUUCAUCCCGUGCUCAUAUCUCAUUUACAGGAGCUGCUGCUUUUAUGGGCUUGGGCGCCUAUAGCUACUUCUCUGGACAUUCUCAGCUAAAAGCACAGCAAGCCAAAAUUCUCCAAAGCAAGAGUAUGUUCGGCAUGAGGAGUCGACAGGCGGGUAUCACUGGAUCUGCUCUUGUACUCGCGGGCAUGGGUUUCUGGCGACUAGUCAAUUAG